GGCUGCUGCCUGGAGCUUUAAGUCACAUAAGCCUUUCUAAAGGAGAAGCUAAGAAGACCUGUGCAGAGUUGUUUCCUCUUAAGCUUUGUGGAGAGAGACUCAGGUAUAGAAAUAGCCACACUGCCACCUGCCCUGCUGCCACCGCUGACAGCUUCCAGACCAGCCCACCAUGUGCAGCACCAGCACCUGUGACCUAGAAGACAUCCCCCUGGAUGAUGAUGACCCAAACAGCAUAGAAUUCAAAAUCCUGGCAUUCUACACCAAACACCAUGUCCUCAAGAGUGCCCCUGCUGUCUUCUCACCCAAGCUGCCAAGAACAAGAAGUUUGUCCCAGAAGGGACUGGGGAGUUGGGCAGCAGAGUCAUGGACCCAGAUGCCAUGGCCUUGCAGACAAUCUUCAUCGAGUGAGAAACCCAUACAGCUUGGCAAGAAAAAGUCUUCUUGGAAAACUCUCUUUGGAGUAACGGAGAAGGAGGAGAGUCCACAGAGUUCACCUCAGUUCUGUUUUCAGGGCCUCGUGGAAGUGGCAUCUCAGGAUGGUAUCCACGGUCAGCAGUGGUCCCGGUCUCUUUCCAGUGUGGAACGGCACCUGGAUAAUGGAGAUGUGGACCCCAAAGUUGCUUCCAUUGCCAACCGAGUGGCUGACAUUGUUCACUCCUGGCCACCAUCAGAAAGGACCCACCUCCGGGGAGGAGGCUUGGAAUUCAAAGAUAAAAUUGUGCUGCAGGGUCCUCGUACCCAAAAAGAAAGCUUAAAAGUUGUGCUACAGGGUCCUCGUACCCAAAAAGAAAGCUUAAAAGUUACAGGUACAAGUUCUAAACAAGAUGGAGAAGACCAAAUAAUAUCCAAAAUUGUUGAGCUGCUGAAAUUUUCAGGAGAUCAGUUGGACAGAGAGUUGAAGAAAGACAAGACUUUGCCGAGCAGCCUCCACGGUAUUAUGACCUACUCUGUUUUCAAGACUAUCACAGACCAGUUCUUAGGGAAUGUGGACACCAGAGGAGAAUCAGAAGUAAAGGCACAGGGCUUCAAGGCUGCCCUUGCAAUAGACGCCAUAGGCAAGCUCACAGCCAUUGACAACCACCCAAUGAACAGGGUGCUGGGCUUCGGAACCAAGUACCUAAAAGAGAACUUCUCACCCUGGGUUCAGCAGCAUGGUGGAUGGGAAAAGAUACUUGGGAUAUCACAUGAAGAAGUAGACUGAAAUAUCAGAUUUGUCAUCCUGGAAUAUUCAUUGUCCAAUGGUGGUCCUGUGCACAUCAGUCUCAGCAGAGACUACAGGAAAAAAUUAAAAUGUUAACAGCAGUCCUGUGACUCAAAAAGGCAUGGGGAGAGGCCUUGGGCCUCUCUUGCUCACAAGACACAGAUGCAUGGUCUUGGGCUUUGACGUUGAUGUUUUUCAGGUCCUUCACUGAGUGUGGGAAGAAGUCUAUAAAGAUAAGUGGUCAUUCUGCUUUCAAACAUUCAGAACGGAAAUCAUCCUCCUGCUUCUGUUAGCUCCUUUGGAGAUGUCUGCUGACCUCACAAGGGUGAAAUGCUAAAUCAUGCACAUGUUUACUUUUUAGUUUCUAGUACUAUUUAUUUUUUAAACUACACUUGGAAUGGUCUAACAAAUGUCAUUUCAAGCCUACCUUUAGGAAGAUGCUGUUAUUUGUGUUAGCAGACAUAGCUGAAAGAAAUUCUUAAAUUUACUGUGUCCACUAGUUUGGGGGAGAUACAGCUAUAGAUGUCUUUUUGAGCCACUUUUCUCAAAACAUUUUCUGGCAGUUUGAAAGACUUCAAUUUAGAACAAAACCACCAUCGCCGUGGCCUUCAACCUGCAGCUCCCUGAUAUACCUCUACUUCACAAGGCCCCUGGAACCUCCUUUAUUAUUCUUGGUGGUAGCAUAAUGAUUAGUAGCUGGUAAAAUAAAUACAUAGAAAGAC